AAAGACCAGAAACUUUAUAGUCACUUUUUAUGGUAGCAGUUACUUAUGAAUGUUACUGUAAUGCCUCGAAAUAGUUUUUGUUACUUUGUGGUAGCAAUUUAAAUUCCAGGGUGGUUCCGGCUACGACAAUUAGGAUCUUUAAAAACAUAGUCGCACAUAUAGUUCCAAGAUAGUUAUUGUCACUAUGGUAGGAUACUAUGAAGUGGCUGCCCCAUACGCCUUGCCACUAAAAAGUCGCCGGGAUUAAAAAUCGGUACUUUAAAGUGGCCGUUACUUAAUACACCCCACUAAAAGAGCAAAAUAAUAGAUCAGAACCACAAAAAUAUCAAAAUUUUCUAAUAGUGUUACACUUGUUAUAAAAUUUUAUUAUUUUAGAGUACAGUAAAAUGCCAAAGGUAAAUAAAAAAAAGUUUAGAGUACCUUUUACCUUUUUCCAGUACCUUUUACCGGAGAGCUAAACAAAAACGGAAUAUGCCAGAAAGCGAAUUUCAAGAACCCGAAAAUCAAUUUUUGCAUGAUCCUGUAAUGCUGUUAGAUCAACAUAAUCCCGUUGAUGAAAUUUUAGAAUUUCCUUCAGGUGACUCUACCUGUGAAGAUCAAAUUAAUUUAAAACCUGGAAGUAACAUUAAAUCAGAAUUAAUUCAAUGGGCUUUAAAAUACUCAAUUCCCCACGUAGCCUUAACGGAUUUGUUAAUUUUAUUAAAAAAUGAACUUAAGCUUGAAGAACUACCUAGAGACAGUAGAACUUUAAUUGGAACACCAAGCUCCUGUUCCAUAGUACCAAUGGGAGAUGGUCAUUUCUGGUAUAAUGGGAUCCAAAACAACUUAUAUCAGCAAUCAUUUUUAACCGAGUUAAAUAAGGAUAAAGAUAUUUCUUCUAUUUCUCUUAUUUUUAAUAUUGAUGGACUGCCUCCGUUUAAUAGUUCUCCUUUACAAUAUUGGCCAAUAUUACUCAAAGAACAUGAAUACCCUAAAUUAAAGCCAAUGGCUAUUGCUAUUUAUUGUGGACCAACGAAACCCCCUAUUCAAGAAUAUUUCAAGAAUAUUUUAUUUGAUUCACUACAUUUAUUUGACUUAGGUAUUAUGAAGAAGUGCCUUAAUGGAUGGGUUUAUGGUAAUUACAAUUUUAAAACCAAAUUCUCUGGGAGAGAUAUUGAAUAUCUCUCAGAAAUGUUAAUAUCAUGUAACAUCAGAAGGCCAACUGAACUUCACAGAGCAAUAAGACCACUAAAGAAUUUAAAAUUUUGGAAAGGAUCUGAAUAUCGGACGUUUUUACUUUACUUGGGACCAGUACUCCUUAAAGAUAUUUUAGCUGGUCCAGUAUAUCAAAAUUAUAUUUAUUUAUUUUGUGCUACUACUAGUUUGAGUUACUCAGCUUAUUUAAAACACAUUAAUGUAGCUGAGAAGUUGUUAUUUCAGUUUUUCUACAAGAUUUAGUAAUUUAUAUGGCAAGGAUGCUAUUGGGAGCAACGUGCACAAUCUGUGCCAUGUUGUGAAUGACGUUAAAAAGUUUGGUUCUCUAACUGAUAUAAGUGCAUAUCCUUUUGAAAAUUUUUUAUUUAGUUUAAAAUCAUUAGUUCGUACUGGUAAAAGGCCAUUAGCACAAAUUGCCAAACGGCUGACAGAAAUGCAAAGCUUAAAAAUAGAUGCUUUUCCUGGUUUAGUAACUCCUUAUGCGACAAAUGAAAUUUUAAAGA